GUUAUGCUAUGGGGGCGGUACUGAUGUCAAUACUGUGCGCCGAGCACAAAGCAAGCCUGCUGUAGUGGUCCUAGCUAAUUUCUCAUCAAGCCAGUGACAUACAUAAACGAUGGCACUUAAACAUUUUCAAAUGUCCUGAAGUAGUUUUUUUAAUUGUCUUUCUUUAUGAAUCCACUCCAUUACUUUGAUAUAAGAUGUGGUCAAAUGAAGUCACCUAAAUGUAGUUUUCAGUACGGACGGGAAAUAUGAGUGUUCCAGAGUAAAGACAACUUCCGGUUUCACAGUAACGCAUUCGCAGUGUUUAUGUUGUCAAAAGGCCGUGGUUGGCCGUGAGGCUGUAGUAGGUUACUCGUUGGCUAGUACUCACAUACGCUUACUGGAUUUACUGUAACGACUGGACUGUUCAUGAUUUGUUCAACAAUGAAAUGUGUUGUUGAGAAGGUAUACGCCACAAAAACAGUGAUUUCUUGUUUUUUAAAUAACGAUACCUACGUCAUUAAUGAGCCAUCGUCUGUGCUGUUCAGAGCAUCUCAUGUCUACAAGUGGAGUAUUCAUUUGAAGCCAGUUUUACACUCCGAAGAUGAGCCGUGACACCCCCAUUCAUAGUUGGCCUGGCUCCUAUUAUAUUAAUAGUGAGAAAAGAUGGGUCAGUGGCACACUUUCCCUGAGCCGAACUACCCUUCGAUUCACCACAGAGCAAAGCAAAGACAGUCUGGCCAGUGUUCGCCUCUCCCGCAUCAUGGAGAUCAAGAUGGAGUCUUCCAGCUUCAUCUUUAGUACUCUCACCGUGUUAGAGGAAGGCAACAUCAAACACUGGUUUGGGUCACUGCGCCCCAACCGUGUGGUGGUCUACAAUGUUCUGGAGCACUUCUGGAGGGAACGCCUGUUGUCCCCCACACAGAGCUGUGGGGCAAAUGCUCCACCCAGCAAAGGCAGGGAACUCAUCAGCUUGGUGUCUGGAGCCCAGCGCAGACUGGAAGAUACAGGGAAAGUGCUCAACCACCAAGGAGAGCAGUUUGACAAUGUAAUGCAAGACCUGGACAAGAUUGACUCAAAUUUGGGUGUUGCAGACAAGCUACUUUCUGAAUUGGAGUCACCCCCUUGGUGGCCAUUUGGGAAGCUGCCAUGGAAAAGCCAGCAAGAAGCUAAGAGUGAGCAGGCAGCAAUGGCCGCUUCCGCAAAAGGCUCAGGCAAGGGGCCGAGGGUGAUCACAAGCAUCCCUGCUGUUGUCUCUAAAGGUGGCGAAUCAGACUGGAAGCCUGGAUGUCUGGUGAUGUUGGUCUCGUCACUAGAAAUAAGGGAUGCAAAUUCACUUCUGCUGCACCACUUUGAAAGGGACGAGGUGGAUGACAUAAGGGUCCACAACCCGUACGAAAUCAGUGUACGGCAGCGGUUCAUCGGUAAACCUGAUAUCAGCUACCGCCUCCUCUCAGUUAAAAUGACAGAGGCCCUGUCUGUGCUGGAGAUGCAGUACAAAAAGAAAUUGGAGUUCACCCCUGACUUCACAGACUUCCGGGCCAGCCCCGCCACAACCCCUGGUGCCACUCAGGGAGAAGAUUCAGUAUGGAGUGCAGGUGCAGAACAAGACCCAAUUGGACAGCUGGAAAUGUCUGGCCAGGAGCCUAGCCAUCAUGCUGCAGGGCUCGUCCAGCACAGGCAGGAGACAGAGGUUCCUGUGGAGAUCCCUGCUGGUGAACUUACUCAGGUCCAAGUUCAGGUCCUUCAGCCCAUGGUCACUGAUGCCGAGGCUCAGGAGCUGAAGCAGAUGCUGCUGCAGCUGAAGAACCUGGCUCUAGAGGCAGAAACAGAGCUGGAGCGUCAGGAUGAGGCUCUGGACACCUUGGUGUCCUCCACCGAUCGCACCACCAUGACCAUCCACAAACACUCUCGCCGCAUGAGAAAGCUACUGUAACUUCUUCCUCCGUCACCCCCAAAAGCACCUUCAAAUACCUUCUCCUGUGGCCCAAAAUGAUCUCCAAGCUCUAUGUAUUGCAUGUCUAACAUGAGCCCCUUUGCAGUGCUUUGAGUCGGAGCACUCUCAAAGUGGACUAUGAAGAAUGAAUUCAUUGUAGUUGAUUUUAAUUAUUCAACCCUAACUACGAAUCCACAUCUGAACAUCUCCCCAGCUCCAUACACCUGUUAAUAUGAAUCUUUACUGUACACUUGUUAAAUGGCUGGGACAGGUCUGUGAUGUAAUUUUGUCCUGUCUGUGUUGUAAUGGUUACCUUUGUGAACAAGUUCAAUAAACUCCCAAUUGCAAUUGGCUUGCUAUAUUCA